AUGUCGAAAGCCGAACAAAAAAUAGAUCUUAACCGUUUGGACCUUAAUCAUACAUAUACCUUCGAGGAAUUUGAAUAUUUAAACGAACAAUUAAAAUACCAUACUUUGGAAAUCAACGGACAACCUGUUGAUCUUUUCGAACUUGACGAGAAGGGAAAGCUUGUUCCAAUGUCACAGGCCACUCACUGGAUGGAGGUUACUGUUGCAACAAUUGUGGGGCAACUUGAUAGAUGGAAUAUUCAAACUCGACAAAACGGUGACAUCAAAACAGCACAAGGAGGAUUUAACUUUAAUGUUGAAGGUAGAUCGAAGUUCGAAGAAUUAGACCACCGAUUUAAACAUGUAUUUUUUGCAACUGGUUCGGGUGUGCAACUCG